UUCUGUAUUAUCCCCAUUGUUUUGGAAAGAGAAAAGCUUACGUUCAAUUAAAAAUCCAAAUAUCCAAUCGGUAUGUUUUCUUUCUUUAGGAAACGUGAAAAGUAGUUUAACGUGGAAAAUAUUUAACGUGAAAAACAGUCGGGAUGCGACACGCAUUGAUGAACAUCCUGCUUCAGCGGUGCAACAAGGCUGCCGCUCCAUGUUUGGGGAAGAUGGGUCGCCACUAUUCAACCAGCAGUUUAAAGCCCGAAUUAACGUCUGUCAGGUACAAAAUGAAACGUGGUUUUUAUGCCACUGUCACAGAUGCAGACAUUCGUUUCUUCGAUUCGUUGCUCGGCUCCAAUCGUAUUAUCACAGAUCCAGAUGAAAUUGAAAGCUAUAAUAUCGAUUUUCCUAAAACCGUCAGAGGUGCCAGUCAGCUAGUUGUGAAACCAAAAUCGACUGAAGAAGUUUCGGCCAUUAUGAAGUAUUGUAACAAGAGACGAUUAGCGGUUUGUCCACAAAGUGGUAAUACCGGUCUUGUUGGAGGUAGUAAUCCCAUCUUUGAUGAAAUAGUCAUUUCCAUGAAGCUUAUGAAUAAAAUUCUGGACACAAAUGAAUUAGCAGAGAAUAGCACGUGCGAAUAUUGCAAUAGGAUUCCUUGAAAUUUUAGAUGCAAAUUGAUUACGCGUUUCUUCUUCUU